AUGAACGAAGAAGGUAGGGAGAGGGACAGUGCCAGCCAAUCGCCCGAGUACGCGGCGAAGAGAGCUACCAAAUGCGACAAGGAAUCGCCCUGCUCAAACUGCAGGGCCUCGAAUCGCGUAUGCAGCUCCCACGGCUCGGCCCAGAAGCCCAAGGAGGGUCGCCAGCGAGUCUUGAUCUCGUCGAAAUAUGAGCGCAAGAUCGACCACUUCGAAUCGCGGCUGUCCGGGAUAGAGGACAUGCUGCGCAACCUGACCACAUCCAUUAGCGCCGUAACCGCCCCGAAGCCCGCACCGGAAAGCAGCGCAUCCGCCUCUUCCUCCUCGGGGCUCAGCAGGGCGGCCGACUCAUUGCCCGUCGCCGGCGCUUGCGAUGUCUUUGGCGCCCGCUACGAGACCUCCGCCGUCACCACCCCCGAUGCGCACGGCGGCAGCGACGAGCCGGACUCGGCCUUUGAAGGCCAGCCGUCCAUGACUUCGCAGACCGCCUUCGCGAGCGAGUUCCUCGAGAAGGCAGUAGCCCGCGCAUCGCUCCACGAGCUGCAUCCCGACAUGCAGUCCGCCCUCUCGUCUCUGCAGCAAAUGGCGGGCAUGCAGAACCGGUCCAGUUCGCAAGAGGCCCGCUUUCCCCACGCCAAGCCGCUUCCGAAAGGCGGCAUCCGCAAUCUCGAGAUGCCACCCCUGGAGAUCGCUACUAACGUGGUACACCUGGCAGAAAAGCCUCCUGUAUCCUUCAAUCUGAUCGGCAGCUUCAUGGUCAUCAACGACUUCGCCGAUCGCUGCCGAAAGGUGUAUUUCGCCACUGAGGACUACAGCCUCUCCACUUUUACCGUCGUGAAUGCUAUGCUCCUCUUUAUUUUGCAAGAGAAGACGAUGGAUCCUUCGGCGGCGGGGCUAGUCAAAUACCGAGACCUCUGCCGCGACAACCUGGAGACGGCGCUGGCCAGCCUCCCGCUAAUGACGCCCGCGCGCAGGGAGACUGCUGAAGCGUUGCUGCUGGGAACCACAUAUGCUAUCCAGAACUCCAGGUUUACGCUGGCCUGGCAACUGAACAGCGCCACGGCUGUGAUAAUACAGACUCUGGGCUACCACCGGCGGUCGGCUGACGCAACCGAAGACCCCGCGGCAGAGACCAGAUCGGCCAUCUUCUGGUUCGCAUACAUGUACGACAAGGCGCUGGCGCUACGGUUCGGCCGGUCGUCCAUUAUUCAGGACUACGACAUCACCGUCCCCACGAGGUUGGGCCCAAGCAUCCGGGUUCCAGACGAGACGUGGGUGUCGGUAUGGGAACAGUGGAUUGUUCAUGCCGAAGUCAUGGGCAAGGCGUAUGAGCAACUAUUCAGUCCCUCAGCACUGAUACGACCGCCCGAGGAGCGCGCCGAGAGCGCACGGCGUCUCGGCGAGAGACUGAACGAAGUCGCCAAGGACCGAGAGGUGAUCGCCCGCCAAAUCCACGCCAAGGGCAGCGUCGUGGGGUUCGACACCCGGAGCCCGUAUUCCAUGGACAUGGUGGUGUUCUCAGACGACGUCGGGCACUGGUCCGCCAUGACCCUGUUAUACCGCGCAAUUCCGGCCCCCGAUGGCUUUCCAAGCUCUUUCAGCCCCGAGUGCAUCACGGCAGCCCGGCAUGCCUUUAGGGGCCACAGCAGUUGCAUGCAGCUAGUUGGCACAGACCUAAACAUGACAGCAGCGUAUAUCCACUGGACUCUCUUCUACGUCCCCUUCGUCCCUCUGAUUGUGAUGUUCUGCCACAUUAUCGAAACGUCGAACUUGAGCGACUUGAGCAUGUUAUCGGAGUUUGUAGACUCGCUAAUACCAGUGUGCUCGAUUUCCGACUCGGUGGAAAAGUUUCACCGUGUCAGCCAAGUGCUGUAUAACGUGGCGCGCCUGUACGUCGAGGCCAAGGCCCAGCAACGGCAGGACGAAGAAAUGAACAUUGUGGGCAAUGACAUCGACUCAUAUCUGAGCCAGCUCGGUUUCAUGCCUUCCAUGGAUCUUUCGGCACAAGCCGGGGCCCAGUUCGAACAGACGCAUUCAGACAUGGGUCCGAAUAUUGCUUCACAGCAGUUGGGCAACUGGUUCCUGGGAAAUCGUAUUAUUCUAGGGUUGGUGGAGGAAGAUAUUUCCGGGCUCUGA